CGUCGCGAAACUGUCAACUUUGUACCGCGGUCUUCGCCACCCCCGUUUCAUAGUCACGUACAAUUUUUACCCCACUUCUUUCGGCGGAAAAAAAUCCCCGGCCUUACAGACAAACGGUUUCAACUGUACGAGGAAGUGCGACAAAUAGUUCAAAGUUCAAAUUCCACGAAUAAAAUUCUUGAGUCAGCUUAUAAAAGUUUAAUGACUCAAACUUCGUGUUUCCUAGUCCUGAAACAAUACCACAGUGACGCUGCUGAAAGUUUUUAAUGUACAAGGUGUGCGAAAUAUGAUCGAAUGAUACGUGGUACAGCUGAUAAAAAAAAAUCGGUUGGACAAAUUUUUAUUCAUCGAGUAUUUUUUUUACUUUUUCUUUUCAUUUGCCUUCUUGUUUUUUUUUUGAGCGUAACUUCGACUCGGCUUCAGAAUUUUAGGGAAUGAAUAAAUCAUUAGCACCUCAUUGCCCUGUGUAUUUUCACGUUAUAUGCAAUAUGAAUAAAAUAUCGCAGUGGCGAAACUCAAUGUAAUUGUCAUGGGAACAUUAUCGAUACACGCGACUAGAACGAAAUAGGAUGGUUUGUUCUCAAAUCCCACGUGAUUUUUGAAAAGUUUUAACAUAAACUCCGCUGCAGAUGUAAUGGAUAUUCGCGCAUAAAAUAUCGGCGGACGAUCGUUCGAAUUUCAUUUGUUUUCGCCAGUGAACUGCAGUUUUAUUCUUCUUUCGGUCCGUUAUACGCGUCGAAAAUCUCUGGGGACUGGGUUAUAGCCGCACGUUGAAAUUCCCGGCGAAAUGAACAGUUAAAUAAAUUUGAAAGUUGACGAAAUUUUUUAUCAAAGAUUUUUGUUGCAUUUUCCAAAGGAAAGAGACCAGCAUCACUUGGAUUAAAUUAUCUGUCCAGCUAAAUGCUUGCAGGAGGAAAAGUUUCGGAAAUAAAUGAAAAGCACAACUUUGCAUAGAUGGGAAGAAUCACUACCGGUCUCGGAAUCUCAACGGAGCCUUCGAUGUUUCAGAGGACGUCCGAAGGUCAACGUACGAAAUGCCAAGUGAAGGACAUGAGUGAAUCGAAAUUAGUUCGUUCGAUCGAUCGAUCGAACGAAUUUCCGGUGUAGAAACGAGAUAGAAAUCUCGAAAAUUUAUCGAAAGUAUGUACAAGACAGUGAACGAUAAUUCACCUGCGAGAAACGGUGAUGGGAAAGUAGAGGGAAUCGUAAAAGUAAUCAUUCACAAUCCUUCAUCAUGAUUUUGAGACGACGAGUCGUCUACAACCAGUGAAAGUUCGUCGUAUUAAUUAAUCAAAAAAUGACAGCCUUUCAAGGUCUCACCAUCCUGUGCGCGCUACAGUGGGGAAUUUAUUUAAACAAUUUCGAUGUGUUCGCCUCGACACCUGCAGCUGUCACCGCUCAGCUGAUCUGGACACCGAUAUACGUCGGCGGAACGAGUCAGGUUGACCUCUGGACACAAUCGACCGAGGGGUGCGCCUGCAGUUUCAAUUCAACGCGAACGGAUUGCGCUUGUUGCGUGCAGUCCGGUGGAUGCAGCUGCGGUGAAUCGUCGCCGCAUAGAUGCGCCCAAUGUGGACUUGAGCAGAAUUGCGCGAGUAUGUGCAACAUGACGUUGGACAGCAAACAACUGCUGGACAAAUCUGGUCGAGGUUUUGGCCAGAUAAAAUCACCGGCACUCACCGGACCCACCAGGUGUACGUACAGAUUUAUACCGGACACUGGUCAGCGCGUUGAACUCCAGAUAUACCGACUCGUUUCGAUCGGACGUCACAACGGUUCCGCGUGCGAGGGAGGGUGGCUUCAGCUUGAAAAGGGAGCGAUGGUUUGCGGGAGGAACGAGAGAUUCGAUCCGCCGGUUGUUCUCUUCUCCGACGACGAGGUGGCGACGCUCGAUAUGCGAAUAAACGAGAAGACUGUGAGAUCGCAAUUUCUGGCAUACUUCAGUUUCACAUCAACAACAAGCACGUCGGUCGGAUGGCCGGGGAGAGGAGGGAAGCCGGUCAACAAUACCGCGUGCGAUUGGGUCUACGAGGACACGGAUUGUCGGCACAAGGAUUGCGUCAUAGCCACCCCUGGCUAUCCAGGUGUCUACGCUUCGAACAGCCGGUGCAGAUACCUCGUAACAUCCGGUCCCCGAGUGUCGGUUACCAUAAAAUUUAACGCCGUGAUGCUGCCCCACAAUCAUUGCGCCACCGACUACAUAGCCGUCUAUUCCGGUACGGCUACCUCCAGCCCACUUUUGGUUAUGCUGUGCGGCGGGAAAAACACAACGGUCAUUCACUCGAGUCCCAAUAUUUUGAUAGAAUUCAGAUCCGGACCAGGAGUUCCGCCGUUCGAUUACAACGGAUUUGUUGCCACUCUUGGGUUUGUUGAAAUAACAACCGAAUCUCCGACCACUCCGACUCCGGAGAUCGUCACGAAUAAAGCCAACGAUAAUAUGAUGAAAUCGGUGGGAUUCGGAGGGCAAAACGUUCGGUACAUGGAAAGAGAUCCUCAGGAUCACCGGAGGGAGCAGAAAUUGAAUAGUUGUGACCUUGAAGUGCGAGGUGACGAGAUUAGAUCGGGGAAUCACGACACGAGGGGAAAACCUAAAUCCACAGUAUGCCGUCUGGUCCUCAGAGGAGGAUCUUACGAUUCCGUCCACGUGUCUCUGGCCAGCUACAAUCUCAGCGCACCGGCGUGUAGAUCGAUGAUCGAGAUCUUCGACGGACCACCCGAAGGCGGUACAACCGGUAACGGAAAAUCCUUGGAAAGGAUUUGCAGUCCCGUACAAAGGACGAUGCCUCAGGACCCGGCGCCGGUUGUUGAAAAGUACCUCGAAACCGAAAGAUAUUCGUCGACUGGAAGGGAAAUGACAGUCGUAUUGAGAAGAUCCGCCAACACUUCGAGGGACGAGGAAUUCAUGGAUGUCGUAUAUUAUUUUCACGAUGAAAGGGAAGGCGGCACGCAGCAACCGGCUAGUGUAUGCGACGUGGAAUACUUUGGACUUAGUUCGCCGAAGAAUGGUUCAGUUGUUCACCCGGCACCGCAUAGAUUAUUCGCGAUGGAAGGAGCACUGAAAUGUCGUCAGCAUUUCAUACCGGCCGCAAAUCAAUCCGUCAUAAUAACGCUUCAGAGUACGAAUAGGCAGAUUUCGAACAGCCCUUGCGACACGCAGUGCGGCGACAGUGGUUGCCGAUGUUUUGCAAACAAGACCCUCGACGAGAUCGAUCAUUUGCAAUUGGUUUCCGAAACUGGUCACAUCGUGAGCUGUCUUUGCGGCAGUUAUCAGGACUGGUUGCCUGUGGGUAUUCGAAGCUGGACUCCGGUUUACAUCGAGUGGUCCAGAUCGUCCAGAGCUGGUUUGGAUUUCAAAGCAACUUACAGAUUUGCCGAUGACGCUUUUUGCGGAGACCAUUCCACUACCAGACCGGAAGGCGAGGUGAGCAGCGGUGAUUUGGCAAACGAAGUCGUCAAACUGAACAGUUUUUACCAGCAAAAAUGUACCUGGGUUUUGGAUUCAACGACCGAUCGACAGCUCACCGUAGAAGUGGAGUCGAAUCAGAGCAAGCCCUGCACAGCCUGGAAUCUAACGAUACACGAAUACAGCAGUAGCGGUGACCCCGCGGGUCCGAGACUUCAUACAUUUUGUUCGAGGGACAGACACAGGAAUUUCACCCUCCCUUGGAAAAUGAACACCGUCGUUGUUCGACUCCAGGCCUUGAGUCGAACGGCACCUCAGUACGUGAUGAGAUGGCGUAGUGAUGCGGCGACGGCGAACACACGCAAGAGCGGUCCAUCGCCGGCGCCCAAUCAGGUCAUAAAAUCAUCCGGUCAACGCUGGGAGUCAACGAAUAUCGUCAUUUUCACGUCAAUCCUUCAGGCGUUGGCUGCUUUCUUGGCUUUUCCAUUUUUGUAAUAUCUGUGAAGCAAAAAGUACCGUUCAGUCAUUAUAUCAUACAUGAUACCAUUUCAAGUUACAAAAAAAAAUUUGCGCACACUUUCACCACAUGCAGAUGUACGUCAAAAGUAUGUGUUGGAAAAAUUGAAUUGUUUUCUACCAAUUUUAUAUCGACAGUAAUUUUUAUUCGGUAUAAUCUACAAAUGUUUAUUUUCAACUUUUGAAAGUCAGAGAGAGUCAUUACUGACAUGAAUUUCGUGUUAAUCGUACGUCUUGUUGGUGAUAUGAAUGCCAAGUCUUGAGAAUUAUAAAGCUAAGAAAAUUGUAUUCCGAAUUCCCUCGAAUAAAAUCUGUGCAUGUGAAUCGUGUGAAGGGUAAUGAUGAACAGAUUUCCGAACCUGAGGGAUGAUAAUUUGGUAAUCGGUAUGAAUAUAGCUGGCCUUGUAAAUAUCGAAACGGUAAUAGCUGUUAUUAGGAACUGUACAGAAUCCAAUGAAUUUAUUAUUCAGGUAGAUGAUACUGAUAAUAUUUAAACAAAUGUACCUAAAUAUAUGUGUAUAAAAUAUACAUGUAGCUAAUUCAGUACACAAAUAUAUUAUAUAUGUAUAAAAUAUAGAUAGGUCAAGUUAACUGCCUGUCAGGGUAUAGCCAAUUUUCAAUUUCUCGGCCAAAUUUGUCAUGACUACAUAGUUGAAGUUCGGACUAAACUUGCACAAUAUUGAGGUACGACGGAUGAAUUUCAUGCACAAAAAUUGCAUCAAUUUUGCCGAUUCCAUAAUUCAAAUCGUGAUAUAAAGCUGAAACAUUUGAAAUUGGUUACUCUGUGAAUGAAGAACAUCAAUUAAAUUUCUAGUGCAAUAAACAUCGUAUAUUUGUGUAAAUAAAAGUUUAAUAACGAUGAAUAAAUGGUUAGAUAAGAAUAUACUACAAUACUAGCGAGUACCCGACAUGCGUUGCUAUUUCACGCAAAAAAAGCGAGAUUCACUUGGAAAGUAGAUUUGAUUAUGUACACGAUCGCUAUUCAUUAUCUGUCUUCUGUAAGACAAUACCUAGAAUAUACUUAUUUGUUGAGAUAUUAUGAAAUUGUGCAAACGGUUGAGUAGUAAAAGAACGCAUACGGGACAAAUGAAGAAACAUUCGUUUUUAUAUACAUGAUUAAAAAAAUUAGAAAAAGGGGUUAUGUAUUACUCGAGACGUAGGAAAAAAAAAUUUGGAAAAAAGAUUAUAGCACAGAACUGCACUUUAAAAUAUAUUAUAUUUAUACUGCAAUACCGAUAGCUGAUAAGUAUGACAUUAUGAUACCGAUCGAUUGAAAUUUACUUAUUGAUGGAAGCACUCGAUGUUCACAUUAUUCACAUACGACUAUAAGACAAUGAGCAGAGCGAUUAUAAUAUACAAUUUUAUCAUAUAAUAAAAACGAAAACCAAAGAAAAAACAGUGAACACAUGUUGAUUGAACGACCAGUCGGAGAAGAAUUGAAUCAAUAAUAAAUAUGUACCAAGAACAAUGUGGUCGAAUUACCUAUUAGGUCUGAUAUUCAAUUAUCUAAGAUGACUCGUGAAGAGAUAUUUGUACAUAUUAUUAUUUUACUUCACGAUAAAAGAUUACCUAUUAUGAAAUGAAAUCAAUAUUCUACCCUCAUCGAAACAAACGAGGAAGUUCCGCGAUUCUAAUUGAUACAAAUAGAGAAUAAUUCUAAAGAAAUAAUAAUGAAAA